CUGUAUAACUUUCAGUCUACAAACACUGGCUAUGAAUGGUUGAACUACGAGGACAGUGGAUCAGCUUCCUCUUCUGCUCCUGAUGUGCAUGGUGUUGUCUUGAAUACUCACAAUUGCCAGUGGGGAACAUGCACGCUCAGUUUCGAGAAUAUGGAAGAAUUACAAAAGCAUGCUGAGGCUCACCUCAUUUCAACAAGUAGACAAUGUCUUUGGCGAGGAUGCAGUAAGAUGGAAAGGCGAUAUGCCCACAGAUACCUGCUUUCUCGACAUUUGCGAUCACACACAGGCUCCACUCCAUUUGCAUGUGAUCAGUGCGGCAGCCAGUUUGCAACAAGGGAAAGAAUGCGAUUACACGUCCGAGCAAUACACACGCCAGAAGUGAAAUACAUGUGCGAAGUGUGCGAUCGUCUGUUCAAAACGACAGCGGAGAGAAGACAUCACAUGACUCGAAUGCAUAUGAAGGAGCGUUUGGUAUGCCGACACUGUGGAGGAAUGUAUUCGGGUAGAUCUGUCCUUAGUCGUCAUAUGAAAGUGUGUAAGGGGAAAUAA